GAUGGCGGCCUCCAGGGUUGGCUAUGUAUAUUUGGUUCUUUCAUGGCUAUGUUCUGCUCUUUUGGAUUCCUGAAUGCAAUAGGUCUUUUCCAGGCCUACUACGAGAAACAUAUCUUGAACGACUAUAGCCCAUCCAUAAUAUCUUGGAUAUUCACGGUUCAGCUGUUUCUUAUGUUCUUUCUCGGCGGACUGUACGGGCGGAUUAUUGAUCAUUACGGCCCAACUGGGAUCAUGAUUCCAUCAGCCAUUCUGUCCGUACUCAGCAUAGCGCUUACGAGUCUCUGCACCAAAUAUUACCAAGUAUUUCUCGCGCAGGGACUGGGAUUCGGUAUUGGAGCAGCAGGCAUUUUUACCCCCGCCUUUGUAUGCGCAGGACAAUGGUUUCAUCAUCGGCGAGCCCUCGCUCUUGGAAUCGCCGCAGCUGGCAGUAGUUUGGGCGGGGUGAUCCAUCCCAUUUACGUCAGCCAUAUGACCGAGAACAAAGGCUUUCCGGGAGCAUUGCGAUACACUGCACUGUUUCUGGGGCUCUGUUUGAUCCCGGUAUGUGUAUUCGUGCGUGCCAGAUUGCCGCCCAAAAAGUGGGAUUCAAACGACAUGACGUUCAUCAAUUUCUCCUUGUUCCUGCAGAAGGGCUUCUUUUUCUACUCUUUGGGUAGCUUUUUCGUCUUGUGGGGUCUCUUUGCUCCAUUCAAUUACCUUCCAGGCAUGGCGCUGCGACAUGGCUUCUCUGAGUACCUGUCGAUUUACACUAUUGUGGUCAUGAAUGCAGGCUCUGUCCCUGGUCGCAUAUUCCCAGCACAUCUAGCGGAUAAGGUUGGACGCUUCAACGUUAUGACCGUAAUCUCCUUCCUUUCCGCCAUAUCUAUCUUAGCAUUCUGGCUGCCUCUCGAACUCAUUUCUUCUACACAUACCCAAAUCUUUGCGUUCGCGGCUACCUACGGCUUCUGGAGCGGAGCCUAUAUCAGCAUGCUACUGCCCUGUGUAGCCGAAUUGGGAUCGGUGACUACACUGGGAGUGAGAUUUGGAACUUAUGAAGCGUUCAUUGCCAUUGCUUGCCUUACAGGAUUGCCUAUUCAAGGUCAACUGAUCGUCCAUGACCACGGCGGCUUCCGAGAUGUCUGCAUAUUUUCGGGCAUUUCAAUGUUAGCUGGUGCAGUUUUGAUCGGCUGUGCACGGCUCUCUCGAAGCGGACCAGUGCUCAGGAUCAAAACUUAAAGCCCUCUUUAAUUCGAUCAUUGCAUCAAAGGAGCCAUCUUCAUCGCAUAAGUGAAAGCAAGGCGCUUGGUGCGAGAUCAUACAGAACCAAAACGACUCUCUUGAGGCCUUCGGCAUAGCCUCUGAUCAUUCUGUACCCGUUUAGAGCAUAGUCGCUUCCGCCAAUCGCUAGGUACUAGAGACCUUCGUUCACCGCUGCUUCACUCAAGGUUAAAUUCCGCGUACAUACUAGAGAAGCAAUGACAGCUCAUACUUUCCUUCAUCGUGGGCGGCUUUUUCAAUAGAAUUAGUAGAUCUCAUAACCCCGAGCAUGUAAUUGUACUUGUAAUUUUCCGCUUUCGAAGUUGCUUAAGGUUUCUCCCAAU